AUGCCUAUUUCGUAUAACCGAGGAAAUGUCCGGAAGAUUGCUUUUCGCACUAGAGGAAGGUCUGCGCAAUCUCUUGACGCUGGUGGGCCUCGUGUUGACCCCGGUGCUGGAGGUGACGGUCGCUUAUUUCUGCAAAUCAGACCCGCACUACCAGAUCCGAGAGCGGCACUGGCUCAGCGGUCUAACACAACGUUGUCAGGCAAUGAUUACGUGCACAAGGAAGAUAGCAAAGAUGAAACAAUCAAUUUACAAGCUGUGGGUGAAGGAAAAGUACAGCUUUCUAGAACACCACAAGAAAAAGAUCGACUGCCUGAUAGGAUCAGUCUGGAUAGGAGAGGACUUUCCUCCAUACCACAUAUAGUCGGAGAGCCCGGUUUACGACUGCUGUCUUUACAACAUAAUCUGAUUAAUAGUUUGACAGGCUUGUCUCCUUUAGAUUUGGGAAAACUGGUAUUUCUCGACGUGUACGAUAAUCAAAUUGACAAGAUUACUUCUUUGGAAAGACUGUUUGGUUUGCGUGUACUUUUGAUGGGGAAAAACAGGAUUAAAAGGAUCGAAGGCUUAAAUAAUCUGAUAAAGUUAGAAGUACUUGACUUACAUGGAAAUAGAAUAGGAAAAGUUUGCGGUUUGUCUAAUUUAAGUGAACUGAAAGUGCUCAACUUAGCUGGCAAUCAGAUAAAGGGUGUUGGACAAACAGAUCUUCAGGGUCUCGUGUCUUUAAGAGAAUUGAAUUUAAAACGAAAUCGAUUGAGAAAGCUGCUGGGAUUUCAACAUACACCGAAAUUGCAAAAACUGUACCUUGGAAACAACGAUUUACAAAGUGUCGAGGACAUGUCGUCUCUAGCUGAAGCGGUAUCCUUGGUGGACGUCUCUUUAGAUUCAAACCCUGUUGCUUUAGGCGGAGAUUGUGUCCCGUUUCUAGUCUCCUAUCUACCUAAUUUACUCACUUUGAGUAAUAUGCACGUUACUGAGCAGGUGCGUAGGGCUGCCAUGGCUUGGCGGUCUAACAAAGAAGCAGCGCACGCAGCUUACUGUGCACUCGGCGGCGCCGCCCAACAAGAAGCCAGAAGAGAUCAGAUAAUUAACAAUGCUCGAACCAAUUGGGAACUGCUCAGGUCAGAGAAUAAAUGCUUCGUUCCUGUAACUACUCCGGUCAAAAACGCAGACAGUAUUGACAAAGAAUUUUCUAUCGAUGCAACAACAACGAUAGCACAGCCUGAAUCAUCCGCUUUACCUGAUGUCGUCGUGUCUAUGCAGCAAGCUGAGGCCGAAGACUCGGAUUGUAAGAACAACAGUGAUGUGAACGUCAAAACGAAUGUCGAAAAUGUUCCUAAAGCUCCUAUGAAAAAGUUGCAAAGAAGUUCGACUGCUAGAAAACCGUCUGAGAGAAGAGUUAAUUUUUCUGACAGAAGUGCAUCCCAAGACACGGAUGCUUCCCAUUCUACAUCCACGAGCAGUGAUCUGAGACUACCACCUAUAUUACUCCCCAUAAUAUCCUCGUUGGAAAACGUUAAGCUGUCGGAUAGCUCCGAACCUAUAUUAAAACGUUGGGAAAGUAUUUCAAGUGUUGAACCAGUUGUUGACUCUUCCUUCAGUUCACUGCCUUCGUCAAGUAGUGACACUGAAGAAGAUACAAAGAAAAGACCCAUCCGACGUAUGCCGACUGCUUUGCGGCGGCGAGAAAACUUUAGCACAAUGAGGUCAAAGUCUGUCUGUGACCCUGAAAGUCGUCGAUCUAAAUCCAAGAAUUCCGACGUAAGCGAAAAUGCUAGCAAUAUAUCCAGCAGUACAAAUGUCGGCUCUGUUGCCAAUUCAUCUACUUCUGGGAGCGAUCAUAACAGCAAAGUUUUAAGGCGAGAGGGUUCCCUCAAUAGUAAAACGAGUAGAAACAUACGAAGUGCAACAAUAUCGAGGAGAAAUGAAAGAGCAUCUUCAGCUAAUCGAGCUUCAACAGCUAGAGCAAAAUCUGUUAAGAACUUGAAUUUAGCGAACUUUAAAUCAUCAGAACCAGUGCCGAAGUCAUUGCCAGCGUCUAAAGAUAGGGAACAAGGAGUUGAUUAUCUAGUGGAAGUGUGUGACGGAGUGGUGAGCGCAUGGGGAGCUGGCGCCGUGCGGCGUCUCUCUCGUGACUGGGACUGGGAGCGAGCGCGCACCGUCACUCGAGCUGCGUACCACUACGUACAUUACAAUGCCGUCGCACAAUCGCUACCUGAGCUUAAGGCCAAGUUCCCUAACGUUAGCCAUAUAUCAUUCCGUGCGACGGGGCUACAAUGGCUUGGACAAUUGCAUGCCUUGGCUGAACUGCGAGGAGUUACCGGUCUAACAGUAUUGCCGGAAGGUAACCCUAUAAAUGGGAAAAUCUGGAGGGAAUAUGCUGUCUACAGGCUUGCUCAUUGGGGGUUAAAGGAGAUUAAUGAUGAACCGGUCACGGAUGAAGAAAUAAAGUUGGCAAAUAGAACUUACAACGGGCUUAGUGAUAUAGUACUGCGAGCUAUACCAGACGCACCACUGCAGCCACUUUUAUCGAGACUGGGUAGAAGCGGUAACAGUGCGUCUAGUGCUAAGGCCUGGCUGAGAGCUGCUGACCCAGCGUUAAGGGACGUCAUAGCAAAAGAAGCAUUGCAGUAUAAAAAAGGAAAUGUAUCGCAGGAGGACAUGAGCUGGCGUGUCCGUGGUCGUGGUCAACUGUCUCACGCAAUUGAUUUAGCAUGUGGAGCCGCCCAAAGGUUAAGAGCUCUUGAAAUGCAAUGGCCGACAAUAUUAGUCGAAAUGAUUGAAGACAUACUGAGGGACUUUGCUGACAUGGAUACACACGUCAAGGAACAAAUGAAAAUGCUGAUGGACUCGAUGUGAAAUAGGAGUUAAAAUAGUUUUAUUUAGACUAGAAUUAGUGUCAAAUGUUGCGCCGCCAAAUAACUAGGAUAGUAGCUAAUCUAAAUUACGUCACAGUCAUGCAGCCUCAAAUUAAAACAAAAAUAUUCACCUGUAGUCAAAUUGCCCAUGGUUAGGUAGUCAAAUAGAUAUUUUACAUUUAUUUUAAUACCACAAAAUCAUUUUCUUUGAGAACAGAAUACUUACACACUUGUUAUUUUUAUAACUUUUAGAACACAACUUGUCGACUGAAGAGUAUCGUUACUUGCUCAAUGUAGUUAGGGAAUUAAACUGAUCAAUUAUUAGCAUGUGUAAAAUUAUGUUGUAGUAAGUACCUCAGAUGUUAGAACAAACUGAAGACUAGUUUAUUAAUGAAAACUAUUCGUAAGUUAUGUAGUAUUAGAAUAAUAUUAGUACUAGAUGAUGAACUGCCCUGCAUGUGCCUCCUUAAUUUUAAUAAUAAACAAUUUAUAGAACUUUU